AUGAGUGUGUCCGCGUUGGUAUGGUCAUUCGAUCAAAUCCUAUACUGCAAGGAGAGUGAUGACGAUGGGAGUAGCAACUCGAAACCAUCACUUGUCUGGCUUGCACGCUGUAAACUGGACCACAGAGUUCAUCGGCAUGAUUCAAACAACGCUCCGCAGAAAGAGAAGAAUACCUCUGGUUUGAAUCGCAGACUAGAAUUCCCAAAGUCAUUAGAUCGUGUGGUCGUUCCGUCGUACCUUUUCCUUCUCUCAAGCGCCCGUGUUUCAAAAGUUCCAACUUCUCAAACCCCGUUCAAUGCAAGCAGAUAUCAUGGCCCCUCCAUCCUGGUCGCAGAUUAA